UGGCUGCCCAAAAUGCCCCCGGUGACCUCAUGAGACCCGGGGAGUGAACGGGGUUCUCGUCCCGUCUCCGCCCGUCCAUCCGCCCCACUCUCACCUCACCUCACCUGGUCCGGUGCUAGCUGCUGCCGUGCUGCUUUCCGCUGCCGCUCGGUUCAAGAACACGGGCGCACGGAGGGUUGAAAAAGGGGGAGGCACCCACGGCAUAAACCAAACCAAAUCAAUCAGUCAGCCGGACUUGCUUGGAGAUUGGAGGAGCCAAAAAGAAAGAGCGGAGCUUUUUCUCGGUCAGCAUCCAAGGCGCUUCCCCAUCCCCUCUGCAUUUUCCUUUCGGGGAGACGGAGGAGGGAGAGCGCGGUGACCGGGAGAGCAUUGGGCGCGGGCGGGAGAUGGGGACGAGGAGGAGGGGCGGCGGAAUGCCGGGCGCGGCGCCGCUGCUGCUCCUGGCCUGCUGCUGCUUCUGCGUCUGGCCGCACAACCAAAUCUUGGUCGCCGCCACCACCGACGCCACUGACCUUACUGCCCUCAACACGCUCUUCACUAGCUUGAAUUCUCCGGGGCAGCUCAAAGGCUGGCAAGUGAAUGGCGGUGACCCCUGCGGCGAAUCAUGGCAGGGCAUCACUUGCUCAGGAUCGUCGGUUACAGCAAUCAAACUGCCAAGCUUGGGGCUGUCUGGGAAUUUGGGCUACAAUAUGAAUACCAUGAGUUCGUUGGUCGAGAUUGAUAUGAGCCAAAACAGCCUUGGUGGUGGACAAGCGAUACAGUACAAUCUCCCCACAGCUAAGCUUGAAAGGCUCAAUCUCGCAGGAAACCAGUUUGGUGGACAGAUACCUUACUCGAUCUUCUCGAUGAAUAAUCUUAAGUAUUUAAAUCUUAACCAUAACCAGUUACAAGGAAAAAUGACCGACGUAUUUUCCAACCUUGGUAGCUUGACAACAGUGGAUCUCUCCUUUAAUUCUCUUACUGGUGACCUACCAGAAGGUUUAAGUUCACUGUCAAGUGUUAAGACUCUAUAUUUGCAGAACAAUCAGUUGACCGGUUCUAUCAAUGUCCUAGCUGAUCUUCCCCUUUCUGAUCUGAAUGUUGCAAAUAAUCGCUUCACUGGUUGGAUUCCUAGUCAGCUUAAGAAGAUAAAUAGUCUACAGACUGAUGGUAAUUCUUGGACUUCGGGACCAGCUCCACCGCCACCGCCAUUUACAGCUCCACCUUCAAACCGUCGGAAGAGCCCAGCUAAAAAAGACAGUGGUUCAUCAUCUUCUGAUGGAAAGUCUGGAAUAAGUGGCGGAGCUGUAGCGGGCAUUGUCAUAUCUUUGCUGGUCGUUGGAGCAAUUAUUGCAUUUUUUGUGAUAAAAAGGAAGCGCAAAUCUAAAAGGGAAGAGCACUUUGAACAGCACCAGCCAUUCACUUCAUUCCCUUCAAACGAAGUUAAAGACAUGAAGCCUUAUGAAGAGUCAACCACAAUAGAUGUGGACUCGUUGGCUUCCCCUGCUUCAGUUGGUCUGAAGCCACCUGCCAAGAUUGAACGCAACAAGUCAUUCGAUGAUGAUGAUGACUUCUCAAGCAAACCUGUCGCAAGGAAAAACAAUACAAAACCUAUAAAGGCAGUUGUUUAUUCAGUUGCAGAUCUACAAAUAGCAACAGAUAGCUUCAGCAUGGACAACCUUGUUGGAGAGGGUACUUUUGGACGUGUCUACAGGUCACAGUUCAACGAUGGAAAGGUUUUGGCCGUGAAGAAACUAGAUUGUACUGUAAUACCAUUCCAAUCAUCUGAAGACUUUGUUGAACUGGUCUCAAACAUUUCGAUUCUGCACCAUCCGAAUCUCAAUGAGCUUGUGGGCUAUUGCAUGGAACAUGGACAACACUUGCUUGUGUACGAUUUCCACAGGAACGGAUCACUUCAUGAUCUACUUCAUCUUUCAGAUGAAUACAGCAAGCCACUUAGCUGGAACUCCCGCAUUAAGAUCGCACUAGGCUCUGCCCGAGCACUGGAGUAUCUUCAUGAAGUAUGUUCUCCGUCUGUCGUCCAUAAGAAUUUCAAGUCAUCCAACAUUCUGCUCGACUCAGAAUACAACCCACACGUUUCAGAUGCUGGAGUUGCAAGCUUUAUUCCUGAUGCUGAGUUCCAGACUGCGGAACAGAGUGCCGGGUGCACUGCCCCAGAGGUGGACAUGACUGGCCAGUACACUAUGAAGAGCGAUGUCUACAGCUUUGGGGUUGUCAUGCUAGAGCUUUUGACGGGACGCAAACCAUUUGACAGCUCCAAGCCUAGGUCAGAGCAGUCACUCGUGCGGUGGGCGUCUCCCCAGCUCCACGACAUCGAUGCCCUGGACAGGAUGGUGGAUCCUGCGCUCAAGGGUCUGUACCCUGCCAAGUCCCUGUCCCGAUUCGCCGACGUGCUCGCCUUGUGUGUCCAGGCUGAGCCGGAAUUCAGGCCACCAAUGUCUGAGGUGGUGCAGGCGCUUGUCCGGCUGGUGCAGAGGGCCAACAUGACGAAGAAGAUGCUCGACGGCGACGCUUCCCGGCGAGGCGAUGACCAGGACCAGGAUUUCAUAUGACGCGAGCACAACCCUUCUAAUAUAUCACCCCCUGAUAUCGCAUCCGAGAUUAUAUUUGUUUAUUUCUUCUAGCGCCUAGCCUGGCCGAGAGAAGAGUGGAGGAACAGAGCAGAAUUGGUGUCCGGUUCUGUCAGUACAUAUCACACAGGUUUCGCUUGAUUUAUUAUACCUAAGUGUUAGUGUUUGGCUGUGUCAUGUCCACAAAUCAGCAUCUUGGUGUCAUCCUCUUAGGACUUAUCUACAAGAUGCUCCAUAUAAACAUAUCCAUGGAAUCAGGUUUGGUGAUUUUCAGGAGAGAAAUCACUGUCA